GCUGUUAGUUUUGAUGAUGUUAAAAUAAAAUAUUAUAAAGAAAUAUGUUGGAAGUUUGGCAAUUUUUAAAAUCUAUUUAAGUGUGAAACCAGGUUUAGCAUGGAGCCAAAUUUUCACAUACAUGCUUGCACUGAUUCACACUAGAUUUGCUAUUCUGAAUAGAUAGUACUAGCACUAAAGAACUUAUUGGUCACAUACCUAAAGUGGAAUUUUUUAAUUGGGGUGACUGUAUAGUGACAUUGGUGGACUUGAAGACACUACAUGGUGUUUCAGGAACAAAAUAUUCAUUAUAUGAUUUUUCUUUAGGCUCUGAGUAACACUGUAGCCUCCAAGGUAAAAUGAGUAGGAGAAAAAUUGGGGGCUGGUUUCCAUUUGCUCUAUUUAUUUAAAUUUCCUAAGCUAACUUUAUCAAGCUUCCAAAAUUGAUAGAGGACACUGGCUCUUUAAAAUGAUUAGUUUUGCUUACCUCUGAUGAUCUGGAGAGCUAUGAUAGCUUUAAGGUUCUUGGCAAAAAUAAAUUACUAAAAGGCUUAUUUUUAUAAGUUCUGAACAGAUACAGUACAUUGUAUAUUAAUACUUUGUUAUUUGGGAAAGUAGAUGACAGUAGAAAUUUUUAAAUGGUGUUUUAUUUCCAAGGUGAUUCAAUUAAAUCAGUAAUUUGAGUUAAUUUCAGAUCUUUUCCUUUAAUGAGGAAAAACUAUGAUAUGGGUAUAGAGUUUUAAUGUUCAGGAAAGAUUGGCCUCAUCUUUAAGGGAAUUAUAUUGAUUAUUGAUUGGAAUUUAUCUCAAACUACUUUAGUUGUGUUUACUAUUAUUAACAUUAACUGACAUUCACUUGGAUUAAGUAGGAAAAAUUAUUUUUUAAAAAAAUUAUGUGAGACUUUCUAGUGAUUUUUUAUCCCAAGCCAUUUAUUACUGAUUAGCCUUUAUGUAUGUACUUGAAAACAAAAUAUGUGCAAGUAUUGCACUGGUUUGAAGAUUUUAUUAGUAACAGUUAUCUAAUCAGCUAGCAGUACUGUAUCUACAAACUAAUCUUGGAAAUGUGUAAUGAUGCUCUUUUAAGAAGCUGGAAGAAAUUAUUGUAUACUCGUUCUUACUUUGCUUUUGUUUUGUUGCGUAGUAUUUAAGUUGUUCUCAUACUGAAUUUCUGAAACUGAUAUUGCAUUUGCCCUUUUUUUUAAUAAUGGAGAGAAACAUUAGUUUUUAUUUUGAUAAGUUGGGCAUAGUAUCUAUCACAUUUUUGAUGCUUUUGGUCACAAUUUUGUCCCUAGAAUGCUAGUAAUUAGACAUUUGUAAUGAGUCACCUUACUACUUUAAUACAGUGGUUUGAAGUGAUGGGGGAAGUAACUCCACUAAAUCACAAUGUUUUAAUUUGUGACAUGUUAGAGAGAAUGAUAGAACUUUCUGCAGUAUAAGUAUUUCAUUAACUAAUCUUUGCACUGUUAAGUUACAGCACUUUGACUCCUGGGUCUGCAGAAGGCACCAACUCCUGCUAAAUCUUGAGCAUUGACACCAGUCAAAGCCUCAUCUUCAGACUCUGGAGAUGGUGAUAAUCAAAAUGAACUGUUUUGUGAGACACAGGGCCAGAAAUUAAAACUACAGAAUCCCUCUAGGCCCAGGUGAGAGUGGCAGGAGGUAGACAAAUUCCUAGACAGAUAGAGGCAGGUCCCCAGUGAAACCUGACCUUCAAACCAGGGACAGCCCGAAGUCUGAAAACCAAGCUGCCAGUUCCAGGUAGAAUCCACGACCCAGAGUGCAAACCUCCUUGAUGCCUGUCAGCCAAUCAAAUGGUGCUUUUUCCGGGUCUGCCCAUGGACCAAUUAGCGUGCACUUUCUCCAUUUUGAGCCCAUAAAAACCUUGGGCUCAGCCACAUGUCAGGACUACCUGCCUGCAGGUAGGAGCUACCCACUUCAGGUCUCCUCUCCAAUGAGAGCUGAUUAAAACUCAAUAAAACUUUCUCCACCUUGCUCACCCUCCUGUUUUCCGUGUAACCUCAUUCUUCCUGGAGACUGGAUAAGAACUCAGGACCUGUCGAAUGGCAGGCAUAAAAAGUGCUAUAACACAUUCCUGGCCAGCUCUCUGAGCUAUGAGUGGGAGCAAAAGGAGCUGUAACACAUUCCUGGCCAGCUCACCAAGCUAUGACAUGCUCCCAUUCACCAGACUGCGGGAGUGAAGAGCAGCAACCCUCUGGGAACCCAGACCUUGGGAUUCCCCCAGCCAGAGCUGUGACAUUAUAGCUAUCCCACCCUCUGCCAGCAUUGGGCAGCAUUGGGAAUGUCAGCAUUCCCAUGUGAUAGGAAGCAGCUGCAGUGCUAGCCCAGCCUGGGAGCCAUGGGACAAAGGCAGGUGUCGGGACUAAAAGAGAUUAAACACGCUCCUCCCUAUUCACUGAGCUGCAGGUGGUGGGAAUGAGAGAGCCAUAGCAUGCCCCCUGCCUUGGGGCUCUGUGGUUGCUGGUGUCUCCAAAUUUUCAGGCACCAUCGUGUUCCCCUCAUCCAGACACCAGCACCCUCAGUGGAAGCCGCUUGGGAUACGCCUGGUCCAGCUGCAGCCUUGCAUGGAGCCGGUGCCUGUACCAGCACCACGAGCUGCCUCCCCUGCCACAGCCAGUAUGCCUGUCUGUGCACAGUGGCCGAACCUCACACUUGCUUACCCAUACACCCCUCGCUGCUCUGCACCUGGCCUACCCUUCAUGGUUGUGGGACCCAGACCAGUAGCACGAGCCAAGCACAGACUGCCAGCCUGAGUGGGUGGAAUGAGCACAGUGGGCAUGAGCAAAACUCAAGCAGAGGUGCUGCUGGCCACAGAAGUUUCCAGCUGGUGAAGCAACAAUUGAAGGAUCUUGUCAAAUAGGGACUAUUGCAGAAGAGGUGGGAGCAUGAGAGUGUAAGAACCAAUUUUGAGGGAUAAGAUUAGUUCAGAGUUUUCUAUAAAUUAAACAUUAAUACCAAAAGCACACUAAUGGAAGGCUCACAUCUGGGCCCAUGUGUCAGAAUAACAGAGUUUUCUUGGAGAAUUAUCUGUUCUUUAAUAGAAAAUUAUAAAGGUUAUAAAAUGUUUAUGAAAAUUUUAUGAUCAAAUUGAUUACAACUAAAUAAAUUAGUUUAUAAGGUUUUGUUAAAAUUGUCUUUAACAUUAAUACUAUACCAUAUAAAGGUAAGAUGGUAAGAUUUGGUUUACUGUUUUGAACAAAUUUUUUAUGUAAGAGAUAACAAGAGAUUUCUGUUUAAAACUACAGAAGAAAAAAAUGUCAGGCGUGAGAGAGACAGAUUUCGUUGGCUUCAUAUUAUCUUUAUUAGGACUUACUGUUUGAGAAACUGAGUGUCCUCACUAUCAAAGGGUUAACAUUUUUGUAUAUUUAUUUUGGCUAAAUGAAUAACUAUUUUAUAGUAACUCGUGGUGCUAUUUUAUGAUAUCAAGUGUCUUAAACCUUUGAUAUUUGACAGACUUUCCAAAAGCAAAAUUCCAAGUUCUAUAUUCAGUCUUUUUGACCUCAAACUAACUUUUAUGGAUGUUAGUUUCCCUGAAGUCUGAGAAACAUAUUAGGCUUACUAGGCUUAUUUGUUAUGCAAUAAUUUUGCAGACAGUAUUUUCAAAUCCGAGGUGGUGUUUAAGUUCUGAUAUGGUUUGGCUGUGUCCCCAUCCAAAUCUCAUCUAAAUUAUAAAUUCCACAUGUUGUCAGAGGAAAUUGGUGGGAGGUGAUUGAAUUAUGGGGGUGUGUUUUUCCUGUGCUGUUCUCAUGACAGCGAAUGAGUCUCACGAGAUCUGACGGUUUUAAUAAGGGGAGUUUCCCUGCACAAACUCUCUUCUCUUAUCUGCUGCCGUGUGAGACAUGCCUUUCACCUUCCACCAUGAUUGUGAGGCCUUGCCAGCCACGGGAACUGUAAGUCCAAUAAUGUUUGUUUUUUUUUUUUGUAAAUUGCCCAGCCUCAGGUGUGUCUUUAUCAGCAGCAUGAAAAUGGACUAAAACACUAAAUUGGUACCAGUACAGUGAGGCAUUCCUGAAAAGAUAUCUGAAAAUAUGGAAGCAACUUUGGAACUAGGUGACAGGCAGAGGUUGGAACAGUCUGGAGGGCUCACAGGAAGACAGGAAAAUGUCAAAAAGUUUGGAACUCCCUAGAAACUUAUUGCAUGGCUUUGACAAAAAUGCUGAUACUGAAAUGAGCAAUAAGGUCCAGGCUGAGGAUGUCCUCAGAUAGAGAUGAGGAACUUGUUGGGAGCUGGGGCGAAGAUGACUUUCGUUAUGUUUUAGCAAAGAGACUGGCAGCAUUUUGCCCCCGUGCUAGAAAUUUGUGGAAUUUUGAACUUGAGAGAGAUAAUUUAGGGUAUCUGGCAGAAGAAAUUUCUAAGCAGCAAAGCAUUCAAGAGGUGAUUUGGGUGCUGCUGAAGGCAUUCAGUUUUAAAAGGGAAACAGAGCAUAAAAGUUUGGAAAAGUUGCAGCCUGAUGAUGUAGUGGAAAAGAAAAUACCAUUUUCUGAGGUGAAAUUCAAGCCAGCUGCAGAAAAUAGCAUUAUUAAUGAGGAGCCAAAUGUUAAUCCCCAAGACAAUGGGAAAAAUAUCUACAAGGCAUGUCAGAGGUCUUCAUCACAGCCCCUCCCAUCACAGGCCUGGAGAUCUAGGAAGAAAAGGUGGUUUUGUGGGCCAGGCCCAGGGUCCCCGUGCUGUGUGCAGCCUAGGGACUUGGUACCCUGUGUCUCAGCCACUUCAGUCAUGGCUGAAAAAGGCCAACAUAGAGCUCAGGCCAUGGCUUCAGAGGGUGCAAACCCCGAACCUUGGCAGCUUCCACAUAGUAUUGAGCCUGCAAGUGCACAGAAGUCAAGAAUUGAGGUUUGGGAACCUCGUCCUAGAUUUCACAGAAUGUAUGGAAAUGCCUGGAUGUCCAGGAUUGAGUUUGCUGCAGGGGUGGGGCUCUCAUGGAGAACCUCUGCUAGGGCAGUAAAGAAGGGAAAUGUAGGGUCAGAGCCCCAGCACAGAGUCCCUACUGGGGAAAUGCCUAGUGGAGCUGUGGGAAGAAGUUUACCAUCCUCCAGACCUCAGAAUUGUAGAUCCACUGACAACUUGCACUUUGUGCCUGGAAAAGCUGCAGACCCUCAACAAAAGCCCAAGAAAGCAGCUUGGUGGGAGGCUGUACCCCGCAGAGCCACAGGAGUGGAGCUGCCCAAGACCAUGGGAACCCACCUCUUGCAUCAGCACGACCUGGAUGCAAGACAUGGAGUCAAAGGAGAUCAUUUUUGAGCUUUAAGAUUUGACUGCCUUGCUGGAUUUUGGACUUGCAUGGGGCCUAUAGCCCCUUGGUUUUGGCCAAUUUCUCCCAUUUGGAAUGGCUGUAUUUACCCAAUGCCUGUAUCCCCAUUGUAUCUAGGAAGUAACUAACUUGCUUUGGAUUUUACAGGCUCAAAGGUGGAAGUGUGUCCAGAGUUGGUUCCUGCCAGUGGGUUCGUGGUCUCGCUGACUUCAAGAAUGAUGCCGCUGACCUUUGCGAUUGGAGACUUGAAGAGAUGAGUUUAACCUGCCAGUGAAUACUAUCUUGAAUGUAACACAAACACAGAAGAGUACACUGAUCCAACCGGAUCAUAACAAUUAUGCAAUGAUACACCAGGACCCUCGACCUCACAACAUUUUGUCUACCAUAUGCUUAAAAGAAGAGCUAAAAUUCUAUAAGGGCGAGAAAGACCAUCAACAAUCAACAUAACAGAUAACUACAUUAUGUGAUAUUUUAGAAGUUGAUAGCAUCAUUAAAAAAAGAAAGAAACAGUAGAGCAGAGUGAGGAAGAGAAUAAGAAUCUAAUGGCCAGAAGAGGCAAAUUGUAGUAAUAAAUAAGAAGGUCCAGAUAGGACGCAUUGAGUCAGUGACAUUUGACCAAAAUUUUGAAAGAGAAGAAAUGUCUCACUAAUUGGAUAUCUGGGAGCGGAGCAUUCCAGGCAGAGGGGACUGCAAGAGCAAAGGUGGUUGCUCAGGAGCCUGCUUGCGGAGACAUCAGGAGCAACGUUAGCAAGAAAAAGGAGGAAACGUAACUGGCACAAGAUCAUGGGGCCCGUGUAAGCCAUCAGUUGUUAAAGCAGUGAAUAGUAUUGCUGAAAUAACUGAAGAAAAGUUACUGAUUCCUAUCUAGGACAAAGAUGGAUAAUUAUGAAUGCCCUGCCUUACUGAUAAUCCUUCAACAUGAAAUCCAGAACCUGAGUUAUUAAAAAUUUUAUAAAUUUUCACUUUGU